AUGGCACUACGAUUUUUCAACGAUAUAUCUAGAGAUGUCAAUGGCCUAUUCAAUAGGGACUUUUUUCACACCAACCCCCUCUCUUUGAAUAUUUCAACAACCACGGAAAAUGGUGUGAAUUUUACUCUGAAGGCGAAGCAGGGCGUGACAGAAGGCCCCAUCCAAACUAGCGUAGAAGGACGGUUUUAUGACAGGAAGGAGGGAGUGUCGCUAUCUCAGAGUUGGUCGAACCAGAACAGGUUAAAUACAAGAAUCGAAUUUUCCAAGAUAGCACCUGGUUGGAAAGGUGAUGUCAACGCAUUUUUGACUCCCCAAUCCAUCAAGAACGCCAAAUUUAAUUUGAGCUACGCCCAAAAAUCGUUUGCAGCAAGAACUUCUAUAGACAUCUUGCAACCUAAGGACUUUGUCGGAAGUGUUACUUUGGGCCACCGCGGGUUUGUUGGCGGCACUGACAUCGCAUAUGACACAGCUGCGGGUUUAUGUGCACGCUAUGCUAUGUCAAUCGGGUAUCUUGCCAGAGAAUAUUCGUUUAUUUUGUCUACUAACAACAGGCAAUGCGCAACUGCUUCAUUUUUUCAAAACGUUAACCGCUAUUUGCAAGUGGGAACUAAAGCCACUUUACAAUCGAAGACAAGUUCUAAUAUGAACAUUGAAUUUGUUACCAGAUACGUACCAGAUUCUAUUUCGCAAGUUAAGGCAAAAAUUGCAGAUUCAGGCCUGACUACAUUGUCGUACAAGCGAAAUUUGAAUAAAGAUAUUUCUUUGGGUGUGGGUAUGUCUUUCAAUGCGCUACAACUGACUGAACCAGUCCACAAAUUUGGCUGGUCUCUAUCGUUCUCGCCCUGA